UUGUUAUCCUAAAUUAGAUGAAAAGGAAAAAAGCGAGGUGAGAGAAUCCGUUGAUGGGUUUUACUUGUUUUCUAAGUAUUGUAUCUAUUUCGAUUCGUUUUUUAGUCUAAUCUAUUAGAUAGUAGAAUACCCUGUUUUGACCGUAUCGCACUAUGUAUCAUUUGAUAAUCCACUGAAUUCCAGAUCCCUUGAACCAAUCGAAUUUCAAAAAUGGAGGAAUACCCAGUAUAUUUAGAAUUUGAUAGAUCCCGUCAACAGGACUUCCUAUACCCACUUAUUUUUCGGGAGUAUAUUUAUGGAAUCGCUUACGGACAUGAUUUAAAUAGAUCCAUUUUCCUAAAAAAUGAAGGUUAUGACAAGAAAUCUAGUUUACUAAUUGUAAAACGUUUAAUUACUCGAAUGUAUCAACAGAAUCCUUUGAUUCUUUCUGCUAAUGAUUUUAACAAAAAUAAAUUUUUGGCGUAUAACAAGUAUUUAGAUUCUCGAGUAAUAUCAGGGGGAUUUACCGUCGUUGUGGAAAUUUCAUUUUCCCCACAAUUAAGUUCUUUUUUAGAGGAAACACAAAUAGUAAAAUCGUAUAAUAAUUUGCGAUCAAUUCAUUCAAUUUUUCCCCUUUUCGAGGAUAAAUUUACAUAUUUAAACUAUGUGUCAGAUAUACGAAUACCCUAUCCUAUCCAUCUGGAAAUAUUGGUUCAAACUCUUCGAUACUGGUUGAAAGAUACCCCUUUCUUUCAUUUAUUAAGGUUGUUUCUUUAUGAGUAUUGUAAUUGGAAUAGUAGUCUUAUUACUCCAGAAAAAUUGAUUUUUACUUUUUCAAAAAGUAAUCCAAGAUUUUUAUUGUUUCUGUAUAAUUUUUAUGUAUGGGAAUACGAAUCUAUCUUCCUUUUUCUACGUAAUAAAUCAUCUCAUUUACGAUUAAAAUCUUUUAGCGUUCUUUUUGAGCGAACCUAUUUCUAUGCAAAAAUGGAACAUCUUGUAGAAGUAUUUUCUAAGGAUUUUUCGCCUACCUUAUCAUUCUUCAAAGAUCCUUUCAUUCAUUAUGUUAGAUAUCAAGGAAAAUCCAUUCUAGCUACAAAGAAUACACCUAUUUUGAUUAAAAAAUGGAAAUACUAUUUUAUCCAUUUCUGGCAAUGUCAUUUUUAUAUUUGGUAUCAACCGGAAACGAUCCAUAUAAACCAAUUAAACCAAUUAUCCAAGCAUUCAUUUUAUUUUUUGGGCUAUUUUUCAAAUGUGCGACUAAAUCCUUCUGCAGUAAGGAGUCAAAUGCUGCAAAGGUCAUUUCUAAUUGAAAAUGGUAUGAAAAAGCUUGAUACAAUAGUUCCCAUUAUCCGAUAUGAUAGAUCUUGA